UUCUUCGGCGGUCUGUGUGGCGGUGUCUCGAUCAGCUUGUCGAACGAAAGAGCGUUCUUUAGCUAGAAAAAUCCUUCGCUCCGGGAUUCUCGGCACCCAACAGCCGCUGGUAGUUCAAGCUCGAGUUUGUGAUCCUUUAUAUUGGCAAUGGCGAGCGACGACACAGCGUCCUCUUCAAAAGCGGGAGUAGCGGACACCGUCGACGAAGUACCGCAAAUCGUUUUCAAAAAAAGUAAGCGGAAGAAGUGCCUCAGGACCACGCCGCUCAUCGACGACGAGGACGAUCACGUAGACAGGAGCGUACUCGAAGACACGAAAGAAUUGCAGAAGUUACGCAAGCGCCCCCACGGUGUUUCUGUCGAGGCGCUGAUCCUCGGCAAACCGGUCGCGGACACUGAAGAGAAAGUUUCGGAUCCCUUUAAAAUAGAUUCGGGUGGGGGCUUGACCGAUAUGAAAGCGUCGUCGACGGAAACGAUUGUGAUCGGGAAUCAAUUCGCGUCAGAGACCAAUGAGCGCGACGAAGAUGCGGACAUGAUGAAGUACAUUGAGGCUGAGCUGAAGAAACGCCAAGGGACACAACAGCAGACAGAAGCUGAAGCGAAGCCGCUGUCUCUUAAAAGUGAAGAUCUUCUCAUGCAGAUACUUCCCAACCAUCUCGAGCGUUCGCAAGGGCAGAAAAACGAAGAAAUGUUAUCCAACCAGAUGUUGGCCGGCAUUCCCGAAGUUGACCUCGGUAUGGAAGAACGAAUUCGCAAUAUCGAAGCAACGGAAGAGGCCAAGAUGAAAAUGCUCCACGAAAGAAUGUCGGGCAAGCGUAAGGAAACGUCUCUAGUGCCAACGAAUAUUUCCGUGAACUUCGAAUCUCAGCAAAAGAAACCGAAAAAAGAACAAGUCCGUCGAGAGCGCGAGCCGGGCGGCCCGAUGCGGGCAUCAGACGACGCUCAUCUCGAAAAAUUCCGGAAGCACUUCAACCGACGAUGAACACUUCGCCGAUUCUUCCCGUUUCGUGUAUCAAGGACCAGUGGAGUUAUUGUACAUUAUUCUCAUAUUGACCGUGAUCGACUCGUAGAGAUCUGCGUUGCCCAAAUGUAUAUAUGCUGUAUAAAAAAAUAAUAUAAAUAUGGAGAAGUUAAUUUGAUU